CCCCUAUAUAUAUACAUGCUCUCUCCUUCAUUUCCCUCACUCCAAUUGCAACCCUCUUCUUCAACAUCUUCUUGCUCUUCAUACUCUCCUUAUUCUCUUCUUUGGACAUCAUGUGGGAUUUAGGCAACCUAAGCGCUCCAACAGCUUCAUACCUCACAGUGAUGCAUGAGAUUCAUGUUUUGCUAGUCGACCAUGACUCAGAAGGACUAAUGAACAUUGGCAACCAGCUAGAAGCAUGUCACUAUAGAGUGACUCUUGUAGAAUUGGCUUCUUCUGCUAUAACAAUGCUCUUGAACGGAAAGGUGAAAUUUGAUUUGGUCAUGGCAAACAUCAACUCACCAGACCUACACGGUUUUAAGCUUCUACAACAAGCCGUCAACAUGGAUAUACCGGUCGUUUUGAUGUCCGUUGAUGAUAAUGUGUUCAUUGCCAUGAGGGCUAUAGAAAAUGGGGCAUUCCUUUUUAUCAAGAAACCAACAUCGAUGGAGGUGCUGAGCGGCCUAUGGCAACAUGUAAUAAGAGAAAAGACUCGGGCAAUGAGAGAGAGGGAGAGGUCGUGUGUUGCGGCCAAUUAUAACGUACGAGGUAUUGAAUUUCGUGAAGUGGUUCAUGAGGAUCCGGAAGAAAACCCUAAUCACAUGUAUGGGGUGAUGAUGAACGACAAGGGCAAAGGGAAGAAAAAGAUUAAUAUUAGGGGAAACUAUGAUGAAUAUGAUCUUGAGAAUCAUAUCAUGAUGAACAACAAGGUGAAGAGAAAGGUCUGCACUGAGUGGACUCAGGAGCUACAUGAGAAGUUCAUGGAAGCCGUUGAGCAACUUGGCGAAGGGAGGUGCUUUCCGAAAGAGAUUCUGGAGUUAAUGAAUGUUCCAGGGCUGACAAGAAUGCAAGUGGCAAGCCAUCUUCAGAAAUGUCGUAACGACAACUGGCGAUCCCCUGGAGAGAGGAAGACUCAUAACCUAGCAAUUCAACCUCUGUCUUCCGACACUGAUGGGUCCCAGAGGCCAAGGAGGUUCGGAUCAAUGCCCCGACUGUCCAGGGCUAGUUCGUACCGUGUCCCUGGCCAUGAGGGUAGUGGAGUUGGAGAAAGCUCCAAAACCAAUUCACCAACUGAAAUGCCAAAUAGUGGUGGUGUGGUUGAUCAGAACAUGGAAAUUAGUGGACCUAUCAUGCCUAAUGCUUCCUAUCAUCAGCAUUAUGGAACCCUAAUUCCUCACCCAAGCACUCUACCAGGCACAAUCCCUUCAAACCCUAUGCACCAAUCUGAUGACUUCUUUAAUUUUGCUGACAUGGAUCGCCUGAUUCAGAAUUUCUCUGGCUUCCCACAAGGACCUCUUGCAGGGAUGAACAAUCCUGGCUCGAGCUCGGGAGGCUAUCACUUUGACGCAACUUAUCAUCAUGGUUAUGAUCAGAACAAUGUAAGGCCAAGCGCGGAUACUGCAGGGAGCGGCCAGUGGAGUUCCGGGACAUCAAACUUUGGGAGCGACGAGUAUUCAGAGACCAGAGGCCAUAAUUAGAAGAAGUUUCAAAGUCCAAACAGGAAAAGUUGAUGAAUAAAGUAUUCAGAGAUAAUCUGCAUACAAAGACUAUCUAUAAAUAAAUGGAUUCCAGAACUACAGAUUAUCUGGUUUUCCAUAGUUUGUAAUAAAUUAACUAUAUACUGCCUUUUAGGAAUUUGAUGCUUUUCCUGUGGUUGCUGAACUUUAUUUGAUGACAUUUUGUCUAAA